AUGGCGCCUGGAACAUCGGCCACAGAGAUCGCCUCGCUCGAGCAACUCACUCAGGCCAUAGGCUCUGAUUCCAACAGCACGGUCCUGGUUUAUUUUUACAAUGGCCUCUCUAAAGAAUCCAAACCAUCGCACAUGUCCAAAAUCUUCGAGGCGUUUGCCAGCAAGUCCCAGGUCGCCGGCUCUGCGCUGGGCCAUGUCCGGUUUCUCAGAGUAGAUGUGGCGAAGAAUCAGGAUAUCGCUGCCACCUUCGACAUUACGAACCCUCCCGACAUUCUCGCUUUCCGAAAUGGCGAGCCCAUACCGCUCGAGGCUCUCUUACCGCAGCUCCAGCAAGAGCUCAAGGCUGGCGGAGCUGGCUCCUCGAGCGGGAAUGCGCCGGAAGGCAGUGGUAGCCAGGCUGCGUGGUUUGGGGCAGAACUGCCACGUAGCUACAAGGAUGUCACAGAGCAGAUUGAGAUGAAGAGGGUCGAACUUCUCAACGUCGACGGCGAGAAAGGAAACGUCAGGGUUCUUUUCUCCGGGGCAAAGCCAAGUGCUUUGACUGCCGGCAAGGGCAACGAGAUUGACUGGGUGGAGAGCGACACAGACGAGCAACUGCUGCUUUUCAUGCCUUUCCAGGCAAUGCUGAAGCUUCACACUCUUCAGAUCACUUCAAUCCCGCCAAGUGGUGACGAUGUGGACGAGGACGAAAAACCGAUGCGGCCGAAGUUGAUCAAGCUCUUCACCAACCGCCCUACCAAUCUCGGUUUUGACCAGGCCGAAAGCACAGCACCUACCCAGAUGAUUGAGAUUGCCGACAGUGACUGGAACGCUGAUGGAACUGCGAACAUUCCUUUACGUUUUGUCAAGUUCCAAAAUAUCAACAGCCUAGUUAUAUUUAUUGAGGCUGGUGACGGGAGCUCAGAGUCGGAGAAGGUGCGGUUGGACAGGCUACGACUGAUUGGAGAAACCGGCGAGAAACGGGAGAUGGGCAAAUUGGAGAAGAUUGGCGACGAACCUGGAGAGUAG